CCGGCCGUGGCGGCGCCACGUUCCUUGUGGUGGCUGCCCACGAAUCACUUGGCCCUCGGGGUGGUUCCCGGCGACCAUGGCGUUUACCCUGUACUCGCUGCUGCAGGCUGCCUUGCUCUGCGUCAAUGCCAUCGCCGUGCUGCACGAGGAGCGUUUCCUCAAGAACAUUGGCUGGGGAACAGACCAGGGAAUUGGCGGAUUCGGAGAGGAGCCAGGAAUUAAGUCUCAGCUAAUGAAUCUUAUUCGAUCUGUAAGAACCGUAAUGAGAGUGCCAUUGAUAAUAGUAAACUCAAUUGCAAUUGUAUUACUUUUACUGUUUGGGUGAAGAUCAGUGAGGGAAAUGGAGACUCAGAAGAAGAGAUUCCAGCAGAAGUUAUUACUUUGGUCUUUUUUGGAAUAUACAUAUCUUAGCUGGCUGUCCUUGGACUUGACAAAAAUGUAAAUGUGAUGAUAAAACUAGAGUCCCUAUUUAUCUGACUUUUUACAGUGUUGCACUUACAGUUUCAUUACAAAAAGAUCAGAUCAUCAGAGGCAGUUAACUGUCCAGGAUUGGAAUACAUUUGAUUGUUGACUGUUAAUAAAAGUUCAUGCAAUGAUAAAGAUUGUUCAAAGAGUGCAGAACUGUCACUUUCGUGUUUUUAGAGCUUUUUCUCUCACUUCUCAGGGAUGAAUUUUUUUUUAAACUUUUGAAGUUUCUUGUGACUUAGCUAUGGAUGCUCAGAGAGUGAUUAUCCUCCUAGAUAAAAUUAAAGGAUUUUAAAAUGUAAUUGCUACAUAUAAAGUGAAAAGUAAGUAAUUGGGAUGAUUGUAUUUUGAACUCUUUGGUUAAAUAUUUUGUCUGUAUUGUCUUGGCUAUGAAAAAUUCGAAUUUUUAGCAGCUAUUGAGGAGCAAUACAAUCUGCUUUAGAGAGAAUUAUAAUUUUUUAAGUUGGAUAGUCACAUAGUGAUUGUGUUUUUGUUUUAAAUUCUUUCCAUGCAUUUCUUAUUUUAGUAAUUGGCCUGAAUGAUGAGACCAGUUCAGUAUCUACAUAUUUUCACUGACAGAAAAAUCUGAGUAGAAAAGUCUCUGCCCUUUUUACAAUGAUGACUUAUUUUUUUUGAAAUCAACAUAAAUACUAGCCUGCAAGAGCAAUCCUGAACAAUCACAAUUAUAAACUAUACUAAGAAGACUUAUCUACAUAAGAAGAUUUUAUUCUGAAGCAUUUAUAUGUCCCCAAACUAUCCAUGUUUUCAAUUUUUGGAGCAGUAUUUUAAAAAGUGUGAUUCUUAAUUCUUCUUUCCAUCUGUCACUAGGGCAUUCAUGCUGGAUAAAUUUUUGUUUUGUUUUGAUGUCUUAGACCAUCCUAUAUUUUGCUCAUACCAUAAUACAGUUUUAUGCAGAAAAGUUAAAACUAUGUAAAUGGUUUUUCUGGAAAUUGGUUAUAAUAUUUUAAAGGGGAUGGAAUGGCACCUUUG